AUUGUUGUCAUUAUUAUUUUUGGUGCCUUUGCCACAUAGAAGGCUUCCAUUCAGAAUCCCACUAGUGAUGCUCGUUGAUCGAAACCUUAUUCCUCCCCUUUAGUAAAUUUAACAGGAGCAAAAGCUGGUUCCCUGGCGUAUACGAGACUACAAUGAAAGAUUGGGCUGCUCCAAUUAUAGCCAUGGCUCUAUUUGCAUUUCUCACGCCAGGAGUAAUCUUUCAGAUGCCAGGAAAGCAACGACCCAUUGAUUUCAUGAACAUGAAGACGAGCCUGGUCUCCAUCUUGGUUCAUGCCACGCUCUAUGGCCUGCUUCUCAUGUUGUUCCUUGUUAUUCUACAUGUCCACCUCUAUGUUUAGCCAAGUCUCAAGUGUUUUAAUUAUAAUCAGACCAUGAGAGAGUUUCCAGGUUGUAUUCUUCUUCCUCCACUAUUCACAGCCUCAAGCAAAGUCUUGGGCUUUCCCCCCCGUAAUUGGUACUUCUCUGUCCUCUUACUUUCACAUAUUUUGUUACAAUCAGUCACUAUUACACGUUUCUACAAUAAAUAGAAAUACGGUAAUGUGUUUUUUACUGUUAUAUUAUCAUUUGAAGCUUGAGUUUGAGUCUGUUCUUGUUA